UCCGUUUUUAUUCUGAGUUUCUGGAAUAUACUGCGUGAUAUCUCAGCAUGUUUUGUGGCGUGAUUACAAAUAGGAUGAGAUUAUUUAGGGUGUCAUAAAUGCUACAGCCUAGUCAAACUGAUUCCAAUUCUCUGUCUGAUUUUUUAAUUAUGCCUUAUGACAGGGACUAUUAUCCUGUUUUAAUGAGAUAACAACAACAACAACAACAACAAUAAUAAUAAUAGGCAGAGUUGUAGUAUAGUUGUUGUUUUCGUUGCGUGGCUCAUUUACAAAGUUUUUUUUUUGGUCUUGGACUUUGGGCUAAAUUUGGUGGCUGAGAAAGCAAAUGUUGACUUAAUGAUGUCACUGAUAGGUCUUCCCUAAAACAAGAACACAUUAUUCUUCGCAUAUUGACUGGUCUGUGUGAUGUUUUAAUUUUGGCGUCGAAGCUUUUUAAAUUUCAUUUUGUCUUCACGUGAAAAUAAGGAUGGUGAUGGUGACACCUAUGAGGCUCCCCCCUGUGAGCGGCCGGCCGUGAAGGUUCCAGCCCGUCGGGUGGAGGAGAACGUUUACCUGGAGAGGUCUUCAGCCCCUGAGCCCUGCAGACAAGCCCCGCCUCCUCGGCCGGCUAAGAAUAUGCCCACCGGCAAAGCACCGAAGCUGCGGCAUGACUUGGAGGAAACCUACAUCGACCCAAACGCCAAAAAACCCCCUCAGGUCAACCGGGAACAGAAACCAGGGAAGAAGCCAGUGUCCAGGAAGACUCCACCCCCCAGACCUGGCUCUGCCCCUGCCCCUAGCCCCGCCCCCAGCCCUGCCCCCACCGCCAGCCUCGAAGAUGAUGUCUAUUUGGACCCAAACGAAGGACAGGAAGGGGGCAAUGAUGACGUCUAUCUGGAGCCCAAUGCAGCUUGCCCUCCCCCUCCUGGGGUUGGUAUGAGGAAGGCCCCUCCUUCCAGGGGUGGUCCUCAUGAAGCUCCGCCCCCAAGGGGUGGGCCUUGUGAAGCUCUGCCUCCCAGGGCUGGGCCUCGUGGAGCCCCAUAUGCCAGGGGUGGACCCCGUGAAGCUCCGCCUCCCAAGGGUGGACCCCGUGAAGCUCCGCCUCCCAAGGGUGGACCCCGUGAAGCUCCGCCUCCCAAGGGUGGACCUCAUCAAGCUCCGCCUCCCAAGGGUGGGCCUCAUCAAGCUCCGCCUCCCAAGGGUGGACCCCGUGAAGCUCCGCCUCCCAAGGGUGGACCUCAUCAAGCUCCACCUCCCAGGGGUGGGCCUUGUGAAGCUCCGCCUCCCAGGGGUCUAAAAAAGUCUGCACUAUCAGCAACAGCGGAGUCACAGCUGCAGGCUGAGGAGUGGUUUGCAGGGAACUGUGACCGUAAAACAGCAGAAGUGGUCCUGUCCAGGGUCAACAAGGACGGGGCCUUCCUGGUGCGGUACAGCUCGGCCCAGAACACACGGCAGCCCUACACCCUGGUGGUGUUCUUCAGGCAGAAGGUCUACAACAUCCCCAUACGCUACCUGGAGCACACACAGGGAUACGCCCUGGGCAAGGAGGGCAAGAAGAGCGAGGAGUUCUUCAGCAAUCUCCAGGAGAUCAUCUCCCACCACAGGAAUAAGCCCAUCCAGCUCAUCGACAGCAAGAGCCAGGCCAAACACACCACAUACCUCACCCACCCGGCUCGCCCCUGAAGCCCCACACCUGUUCCACACCUGUUCACCUGGACGAACUCAGCCCACCCCAGCACACUUCACUGCAGCUGCCAGUGUGACCCAGCUAUGAGACUCUCAGCGUUUACUUACCUGUUUAUUUUUGUGUCCUUAAAACUCUCUGCACUACUGCCUAUUUGCCCUGCCCUUACCACAGCCCGUGCACCUGGGUGAAUCCCCUGGCCCUCCCCAGGGCAAGAGAAAGUGGAUUUUGCUGCUCACCUGGCAACCUCAGCUGCUGUGAAGAAUGUGCUGUGGGGAUUCUGUCUGCCUGGCCUGCUUUCCACAAGCCUCUAUCCAGUCAAUUUACUGCUUUUAUUAUUUAAAACACAACUUUAUUUAUGUUUUCAAUAAGCUGUCUGGUUGCCCCGAUUAGAUUCCACUGUUAGGUUCUGUACCCCAGAAAUAUUAAAGGAGGGGUGUAUCUGC